CCCCACACCACACUUCUCUCGAUCCCGCCGAUGCAGCAGGAGCAGGCAAGCAGCAAUCCAUCGCCAAAACGAUCGCAGGCAACGGUGCAAUUACCAAAAGAACGGCAACAGAGCGACGUCGCUCGGCCCCCUUCUGCCCCCGCGACGCCCCACGGACGCCGCCGUCGCGCCGACGUCGGUUCGGAGUUCUUCUGCCGUUCGAAAUUGUAUGCAACUCGUUCGGCGGUGCAGCGCGUCGCUUGGCGCGGCUUUUACUCUUCGCGCCAACACCAAGUGACCAGUGAUCAAUCUGCACUAUGUGACUAGUGAUUCUGUGAUCUGUGAUUAUCACCAAGGGAAACAUGGCUAUCAACUUCUCGGCCUCUUUUGCCGCCUGCCUGGCUGCGGGACUUAAAGUGCCAAGACAGAUUAUGUACUGCAUCUCGCAAGAUACAGCAGCACCGUAUGUCCUUUACAAGGAUGGCAUGGAUAGGGCGCAAACUCAAUGGGGACCACAAGAUAUUUACCCACCGCCACAGCAACAGCCCACCCCUCAAGGAGCGGCCAGCCCACCACAUCAAGCGUUGGGCCCCACUCCUGUUCCACCCUUGGGGGUUGAGGCUGAUGCUGUACCUUCGCGAGAUCAAGUCAGUAGCCUACCGUCCCCCGCCCCGUCCCCAUACCCAGCCACGCAAGCAGAACCAGGCCGGGACGAUUCGGACCCGAUCCAACCAGAAGCCCCCUCAUUGGACCUGGAACCGCGACCUUCGUCCCAACAAUGUUUUCCCACUGAUCUUCAGCAACAGCAGACGGCCCAACAACAAGUGGUAGCAGCGCAUCAGCAACAACAAGCCUACCAGCAGUAUGCGCGGGCUCCUCCGCCGGCUGCGCCUCCUCCUGGUGUGCCUCCUCAUAUGCUUGGGGCGAAUUUUUCGGCCUUGCAAUACCUCAAGCAACCGGGCAUGAUGUUGACCAGCCUGGGACCGGAUGGAGAGUUUUAUCUAGGAGGCCAAUUGGAUCAAUAUUCCAAUAUGCAAGACUUGAGGAGUGCGUCGCUGCCCGAUGUGAUCCAGCAGCAGCAAGCCAACCUGAAGAAAGCGAGCAACGGACUGAACGGGGAACUGAGACUGUUUAAAUGUCUGACGUGCGGCAAGGAUUUCAAGCAGAAGAGCACUUUGUUACAGCACGAACGUAUCCAUACGGAUAGUCGGCCUUACGGAUGUCCAGAGUGCGGGAAAAGAUUUCGACAACAGUCACAUCUGACCCAACAUCUGCGCAUCCACGCCAAUGAAAAACCGUAUGCGUGCGUGUACUGUGAGCGCACGUUUCGACAGCGGGCCAUCCUCAACCAGCACCUGCGCAUACACUCGGGUGAGAAGCCGUACGAAUGUCCGGAGUGCGGGAAACACUUUCGGCAGAAGGCUAUUCUCAACCAGCACGUCCGCACACACCAAGACGUGAGCCCCCAUCUAGUGUUCAAAAAUGGCAUAAACCCGACUCUCUGGCCUCAAGACGUGCCGUUUCCUCCCGAUGAAGGCAAGGAGGAGGUCACUUCGACUUAUGGAGAUGGUGAAAACGGUCCGAACGAUAGGACGAGUUGCUUUUCGCCCAACGGAGUUGUGGGCAAUUUGCAAUAUCCUGCCUAUUUCAAAGACUCGAAAGGUAGGACUUGUUUAGGAAUGUUGACUUCAGGUAUGAACCAUUCAGUGUUCGGACCAGGUACCAACUUCAACCCUCUCCAGUACCUAAAACAAGGUCAGGGAGGCGGAAAAGGCCUUCCGGAUGUUAUCCAGCAUGGCCGAUCCGCAGGAAUGCCGCUUUACGUCCGUUGCCCGAUUUGCCAGAAAGAGUUCAAACAGAAGAGCACGCUACUGCAGCAUGGCUGCAUACAUAUCGAAAGCAGGCCCUAUCCUUGUCCGGAAUGUGGGAAAAGAUUUAGGCAGCAGAGUCACUUGACGCAACAUCUGAGGAUCCACACGAACGAGAAACCGUACGGUUGCGUGUACUGCGGCCGAAACUUUAGACAGCGCACCAUUUUAAAUCAGCAUCUGCGCAUACAUACAGGGGAGAAACCGUACAAGUGUGCGCAGUGCGGGAAAGACUUUAGGCAAAAAGCCAUUUUGGACCAACACACCAGGACGCAUCAGGGCGACAGACCGUUCUGUUGUCCCAUGCCCAAUUGUAGGCGAAGAUUUGCAACCGAACCGGAAGUUAAGAAGCAUAUAGACAACCAUAUGAAUCCACAUGCCGCAAAGACGCGCCGAGAUUCGACCAGUUCUGAGAGCAAACUGCAUGCAAAUGGCAUGUUGCCUCGAGGUCUGACUCCCACAAGUGUGGUAAAGCCGGAGCUGUAUUUCCCCCAAUGUUAUCCGAGUUUCAAUCCGCCAACGAGUGUGGCGCAGUUCCAAGCAGCCGUCAAUCCAGAGUUCAAGCCGACCAAUGGGCUUCCUCCCCAGUGACUAACAGCUGGCUGGCAACUGGGGCCUCCAUGUAUCGGUUAGGAGGGGUCAACUAGAGUCCCUCUGUGUUAUGAAUGAGUCAAUUUUGGAGCAAAUCCGAAACCGGGAUUUUCAAACCAAUUGUGGAAAUUAACAUGGCUGUGCUUAUUUUUAAAAAUUUGUUUUGUGAUUUUUGGGAAAAUUACUGCAAUAAUCGCCAUUUGUUUGGCAAGUUAUCGUUUGCUUUCCUCAGAUGGGUGAGUUCGAGUGUGAAUACCAUGCUAUGCUUAAUUGUGAUAAAACGAAACUAGACAAUAGUCGUUACGUUACAUCGUGUGACUGUUAUUAGUUAACUCAAAAAUAUUCAGAUUAUGGCCAUUCUUGACUCGUUCGAACAGCCAAACAGAAAUUCAACUAGCCCAGUUGCCAGCUGUUUCAUUAACGGUCACUAAUACUCAAAGGACUUUUCAGUUAUUUAGCAAUGUAAGUAUAAGUUGUAUUUAUUUUUUCUUUAGUAGGUUUUUUUGUGGAAAUUCUUCAUGUGUGGAUAUUUCCUCUAGGUGAAACAAAUGGUGCUGACAUUAAAAUGUGGUUCAAGCUCGGGCGUUUAAAAUCUAUCUUAAGAAAAUUUCAGUCAAUCAAAAUUGGUUUGCCGCAUUUCGAUUAAAACAUAAAUAAUUCUGCAAACAAUAUUUUCUCACCUUUCAGAACUUUUCAGCUCAAAUUUCAUUGAGCCAUUAAACCAAUACCUAAGGGUGAAUUCAAAUUAUCGUAUUUCAAUCGAAAAUGAGAAUUUUAAAACACCAUUCCCAUCGCCUACCCACAUUAUUAUAAUUAUAAUUAUUACAUUAUUAUUACUGAUUAUAUUGUUGUAGUGUUAGGGUUACGAUAUGUGAUCUCUCUUAAAUGUAAAAAAGUAAAUAUUAAGAGAAACUAAUAAGGUAGAACUGUUUGACGGGUUCUAACUUAAACAAACAAAAUGCCAAGUAACUGUGGUUUAAAACUUCCAUAUUUUUACAGAGUUAUAAAAUAGUACCUACAGAUUGAAUGUUAGAGAGGGACAACUUUUAAAAGUUUGGCGGUGCCUCAGACAACGUAGCUCCAAAAUCUGCUUAUAAAACUCAUUAUUUUAACAAAUUUUAUAUUCUGUUUCUUUUUUGUGCAAUAAUAUCAGUAGUUGUACUGGCAAAUUGGCCAAUUUAAGCAAAUUUUGCGACAAUAACUAGAUGAAAAUAUUUUCUUGGCAAUAAUAUCAAAAAUAACGAACGAGACGAAGUAAUUUGCGGUUAAAAUUGCUUCCAUAGAGUAGUGCUGAUUAUUUUUUUCUUAACUAAGACAUAUUUUUCUUUACCUUGCAAAAUUGUAUGAAUAUUAAAUCGAGGAUUAAAGUUCAAAAGCAUCGAUCCCAAAUUUAGUUAACAUAUUUAAAAAAGGAAUGAUAAUUCCAGAAACUAAAAUUCAAAUAUAGUUUUGAAAUAACUAAUAAUAUAAUUUUCAAAAAGACUACAUUAAUCCCCAGAAUUUGGUGUUGUUUCAAAGCAGGUGGGACAUUUGCUUGCUGCUUGCCUUAAUUUUACAAGAGCAAAAUCGUAUUUAACAACGUUAUAUCUUUAAUAAUAUUUUCUUUUUACACUUUGGCUAAAUUUUCUGUUUGUUAGCUUCAAUUUUCCAUUUCGUUUGCAAGAUUUUAUUUGUGUUCCUCCUAGGGCUCGAAGCAGUUUAUUCUCCAUUUUAACCUUACCUAUUUGUUCUUUAAAUUAAUUUGUCCCAAUUAAAGGAUUCUGCGCCUAAAUAUUCAUAUGACGGGAAAAACCGAAAAGCAUCAAGAAACAUUAGAAUGUUACUGCUUUCGACAUCAAUUUUUUCUGAUUCCAAAUAUUAUCUGUCCGUUUAAGCCCCAUAAAAACCCAUUCGUUUGACAUUACGGACACUAACAACUUCAUUUAAUUAGAAUGAAUAUCAUUCAAUUAAUAAAACUUUUGACUAGAAUUAUUUAUGUAUAUUUAGACCUCAUAUAGCUACGUUAAUUCCCUUAAAAUAGAGUAAUUAAAAAGUAUUUUUAAAAGUUGUCCCGAGUGCAAUAGAAACAAAACUAUUUUUAUAAUAAGUUAAACAAUAGUACACAAUUUACUUCUACACUGUGUCUUUAACUUUAACGGCCUUUCGCGUUGAACAAUGCGAUUCGUCCGACUGGAAAGGUCAUUGAAAAUGCAAAAUAGUUGAUAAUUUUUUUACAAUACCUAUACGUAAAUCAGAUUAAAAAAAUGGUGAUGGUACCGACAAACUCAACUCUAUACUUGCCGUUUUUAUACAUAUAUAUUCUAUAUAUACAAAACUUGUAUAAGUUAUAAAGUUUAGCUUUUUUAUACAGGGUUUAUACACCUAUAAGAUAUACUUUAUUACAAUUUGGGGUAAGACGCGGAAAUCUCAAAACCAGUGUUUUUUCAGUGAGUGAUUUAACAAACACUUUUCAGUUUUCUACAGUGCCUCAACUACAGUGAUAACUAUUACAUAUAUGUAUAGUAACAUAGACAAGUACUUAAUAAUCAAAAUAUAGUUUUAUAGCAACAUAUUUUACGGGGCGUUAUCAAAUAGAAAAUCUAGGCAAAAUUGCAGAAAUAGACGCACCAAUAAAUGCAGUGCUUUUGAUAGUGUCUCGUAAGAUCAAUUUUCAGUUACAGGCUUAUAGCAACCAUACCUGAAAUAUUAAUUUCAGGACAUUUUCCGCCUCUGACCCCAAAAUCCCGGUGUUGGAACUCACUUUUUACCAUGUACACUGCAAUAGAUUUAAACUAUACAUGAAAUAAAUAUAAGGUUUUUUGUUACUGGACUGUUAAAGUUAUUGUUAAUUUGUCUAAUUUUUACAAAAGCGUUUUGGAUUUUCAAAAAAAACGACAUUUGAUGAAUAUUUGGCGCAUCACGAAGUAGUCACCAUUGCAACCAAUUGUGGCUAUAUUCUGUGUUAUUACUGAUGCUUUAAAAAAGCAAAAAUUAAAAUCUAGUGCGGGAGGAAACUGCAAACACAGUUUUCGCAUUUUAAAAAUCGGUUUUGAACUUUCCUCCUCCUCUCGAGAAAUUGUAAAUAUUUAAAUCCACUUUAGGUCCCGUCAAAAAUUACAAUUAAAAUUAUAUUAGUAUAGAGACCAAUAAUCACAUUUUGGUAAUGUGUAUUGACUUUGUUUAUCAUAGAUUUUUUGUAUACGAUUACUUUUAGACAGGUAACAGAAACAAGACAACGGUUUUGAUUUUUGAAUCUGGUCAAAAAGUCUGCAAUUUCAAUGUAUCAGCUCCCGUUUAUCAUCGUUUCAAUAACGACAGUGAAUUUAAAUGUUAAUUCGACUUUUCGAUCAGACAAAAAUGUUCGUGCUACAAGACUUAAAAUCGUGAUAGCUUUUAUCGUUAGUUCUAAGAACAGUUCUCUUGUAAAUAGUUAAUAAUUUUUAUCUAAUGGUUUUUUUUUACUCAAAGUGUGUUACGGUUAAGUUUUACUUAGACAUUUCGUGAAUCGAUGAUAUAAUGGAAGUUUUUAAUGCGUGAUAUAUCCCAGUUAAAAGGGUCUAAGUGUUUUAUCGUUCUUGGUUAUUGAUAAGGUUUGUUUUCGCCUUUAUUGCAUUUUUAUAAACAGUUUGUUCUAAAGCACGUAAUGGUAGUUCAAAAACACUUAUUGCACUUCCUCAAACUGUCGCUAAACAGUUUUUUGAACCACUAAAACUCCUUAAGGUACUGUUGUUGAAAAAAUGGUUGCAAAAACAACAAAACAUGUUGCCUAAAAAAUGUUCCUCACGAUUUUUUCUAAAAUGCACCACGUAAGAAACAAUGGUAUGUGCAGUUUUCAGUUGUGUAAAGGCACUGAAAAACAUAUCGAAAUUGGCUUUUAAAUGCAAAUUUUCAUCUUGUUCAAGAUAAAGAAAAGUAACCUGACCAUUUAAAAGCCAACAAAACAUUUAACUACACUUCACAAAUAUUAUUCACAAUAUAUUAUUAUAUAUUAUAAGUAAUGGAAGCUGCAAUUUGCCAUUGACUAUUACGAAAUUUUCGUUCUGUAUUACUUUAUUAUUUAUAAAACUCCAAAAUUUUACUUAACGGUGAACGUAAAAAAGCAAGAAAUCCGUAAAUUUAUAUAUGUAUCAUGUCUAGUGGCAUGUGUAGUAAUAUAAUGAGGCAAAAUCGUCUAAAUAUGCAAAAAUUCGCGUAACUUUAAACCACAAUGAUUCGCAGGCUUAAAACAUAGCAAACAAAUUCCAUGCAAGUUUACAAAGUACCGCAAAAACCAGCCGAUUUACAUGAAAAAUCUGAGUCAACAACAGUGCCUUGCAGCACGGAUCAAUAAAAUUUUACAAUGAAAAAUUAUUUAAUAUCAUUCGUGUAAAAAGCAAGCUAUCGCUGCAUUUUUAAUCAAUUAUUAUAAAAUGUUCAUGCGCACCACUUAAUAUUGUUUUGGAAAAAAUAUCCUGCUCAAGUUUUUCGAGGCAGUUGAAACGAAAAUUGUUUUACUCAUAAUCACAACGAAAGUCAUAAUUAUAAUAAGGUUGCAGGAUAUUUUUGACCAAAUUUGUACUCUCGUAUGCAAAUAUAUUGCAUAGUUCUUAAGAUUUGUGCUUUAAAAAUUGAUUAAAAUCCCCAUGUAAAUUAUCGUCCAGAAGAUUAAUGUUAGAUAUCACCCCUUCGCUCUCGUUUUUCAUUGUAAAUGACUUUUUACAUGUAAAUUUAAUCUCCCCAAAAAUCUUUUAGAAACAAUAUUUUAAUAAGUGCCAUAGUUUUUCCAAAUAUAAUUUCGUUUAUUUCCUGUUGGUUUUUAAAGGAAUAGUCCAAGUGAAUGUAAAGCGAUUUCAAAAUUACAAAACAUUAGUGUUUAGGUAUAAUUCUGUACAAAAAUAAAUAUCCUUUAAAAUGUUAAUAAGUACGCAAUUUUGUAUUUGAAGUAUAUUGUAAUCUAAAACGGCGACAGCAUUGAAAUUAUUUUUUUAGGGCAAAUGUGGGAUAUGUGCAAAAUUCUAGUCACGGAUAGCAAAAUUUUCUAAAGUGAUAAAUAACGAACGAAAUUUCCUACUGUUAAUUAAGUUUAAUUUUUGUUAAAAUUGAUUAAAGAUUGUUAGACUUUUGGCGUAGAAAAUAAUGUUUAUUACUUUUAUUGGAUAAGUCCUGUACGGGAUUUGUUAUAUUCAUUAUUGUUAUUAGCAACAAAUACAAGAUUGUUGAAAUUUGGAAAACAGACGUAGAGCUAAUACCCCCAAAUAGUAUUUAAUACGAUAUUUUCCAUCGGUGUUUUUUAUAAAACAUUAGUCAGCUUCAAACAAACUAUUCAAAUACAACUUUUCUCCACUUUGUUGCCACAAACACUUUAAAAUAGCAAGCAGUGAACAAAUUAGAAUAGGACUGGGAUAUUAUAUAAAUAAACAGGGUUAAAUAUUUCAGUUGACUUCCUUAAAUUCUUGUCUUAUAUCCAGGCAAAUUUCAAGACAAUCAAUGACGCACACAAACAUGCAUUUUAAAAAUUUUCCACGUUUCACUUAACUAAAAUAAUAAGACCUUAAAAUUUGCCUGGAACUUUUUGUUCAAAGACAAUCUUUAAAUCGAUAUAAUUACUGACAUCCUUUCUGAAGUUAGACAUACCUACACAUAUGUUUAAAUCGAAAAACGUAUUGCGUCCAGCAUCCUUAACAAAAAAAGAGAAUCAUUUCAAUUUUUUCAAAUACUGGCUCUUAUCUUGAUAGUUUUUUCACGUUAAUAACAAAGUUGUUCAUCCUCAGUAUCAGUGUACAUGAGCAACUUUGCUGCAAAUUACAAGCAACCUCAAUUAAAUGCCAUUAACUUAAGCAAUUACUAAAUGCUCAACCACAAAUGUACAAUAGAUUUUCAUUUACGAUAACUCAAUAGAUAAUAGCAUAGAUACAUUCGUACCAACAAUUCGAAUAAUCAGAUGAAAAACAACUUUAAAUGAAUCUAUGCUAGAAAGGUAUUUUGCUCAAAAGUACAAAUACUGUAAAUAUAGUACCGGAAUUGUUUUAUAAUAUAAAUAUAUUCUAAUAGAAAAUGGAGUAUGUGAAUGAAUUGAUUCUCUUGGUAUUGUAUAUUAAAAAUAAAUAUGAAUGUAUUUGUUAAA